AGAUUUUGACAAAUAUUUUUAUGCUCUUAUAUUUUGUGUGGUUAGGGCUUCAUUUGGUAUGAGUAACUCAUGUUUCGGUCCAUCAUUUGUCGACUUGAAAAUCAUAUUAAACACAACAAUGGAUAACAUAUCACUGAUGACAGCAUUUUUUCAUUUGUCAUUUAUGAUGGGAUCACUUUUUGGUUUUUUAUACAAGUAUAUCGACCGUCAAAUCAUUUUAAUAACAUUACUACUGAUCAAAGCCGGGGCUACAUUUUUGAUACCGUAUUCCCAGCAACUGUGGCACCUGUAUUUAUUUAUCGGUCUCUAUGGACUGGGAUCGGGUGCUUGGAACAGUGGCAAUCGGGUAUGGGUUCUGGAAAUGUUUCCCAAACCAACACAAUCGGGCGCUGUCCUACAUCUAUCCGGUUUCAUGUAUGGUAUGGGAACUAUACUUGGUCCUAUGAUUGAACGACCAUAUUUGACUGGAAAUCAGGAACUGGAGCAUAAAAUUAAUUAUGUUCAAGUGCUCAAUAACUUUAACAAUACUGCCACUGCCCUAACAGCUCAAUUACAUCAACAACAAGAUAUUACUGAUGUUAUGACAAUAAGACGAUAUAAACUGCAAAAACCGUUUUUUAUAUUUGGUGUCAUUCAUCUCAUUGAUAUCCCAUAAAAAUAAUAACAUCUACGGUCCCAUACUAAUGAUUAUAUUAAUCAUCGUAAAGUAUAUUAAGGAAAGUAGGAAAGAGCCGGAACA